AUGUCAUAUAUAAAACCAGCAAAACAUGAUAAAAUUAAGGUAAAUAAUAAUACUCAUAACAACAUAAGAAUGAGUAAAAAACAAUACUCAAUGACUAUCGAUAAAUCAGAAAUUAUGCAAGACUUUAACGUCACACACACCGAGGCGGCCUUGAGGCUCUUAAAAAACAAUACAGCUGCCGGUACAGACAGCGUGUUACCAGAGUUCGUUACACACCUAGGACCAAAGAGUAAAUGGUUCAUGGGUUCUUUUGGCGAGGAUCAAUACGCAAAUCGAGGAGGCUCUACACGAUAUAUAAACUGCUGUGAGCAGAGCAAGUAUUUUCAUUAUUAA